AAUGAUAAAACAAUGCAAGCAACGAAACGCAAAAACAUGUUAGAUUAUUGGGGAAAACCGCCAACCGAAGUUGAAACAUCCCCGAUUCUUUCUAAAGAGGCGCCGAACGCGCAUUCAAAAGAAAUUAAAUUUACACAAUUCAGAGAAAAGUCAGAUAUACGACCAAAUAAGCAAAUUAAAACGAGCCAUACAAAAACGGACAUUCCUUUGGCUGCAAGAGGUUUAUUAGCUCUCUAUAUAAUCGACCGUCAAAAAGAUCUAGUAGGUGAAAAUGGAAUGCUCAGAAAUUUGAUUUUACGUGAUAAAAUUCCAUCAAUGAUAUUUUGGGGUCCUAGCGGAACAGGAAAAACGACUCUAGCCAGGAUAAUUACAAAAACGACUCAAUCAAUAUGUAAAGAAUUCUCUGGAAUCACUCAUGCCUCCGCUGAUAUCAAGUUGACAUUCGAUGAAGCAAAAAAUGAACAAAAAUUAACUGGAAGACGAACAAUAAUCUUUUUGGAUGAAAUACAUCGCUUUAACAAACCACAGCAAGAUUUGUUUCUUCCAUAUGUCGAAUCUGGCGAUGUAACUCUUAUUGGAGCUACAACAGAAAAUCCUUCUUUUAAAAUUAACUCGGCACUUCUUAGUCGAUGCAAAGUGAUUGUGUUAAAAAAGUUGCCGCCAGAUGAGAUACACUACAUCCUACAAAGGGCCAUACAGGAUAUCUUUUCUCAAAGAAAAGAAACCUUCGAAGGUGAAGAAGCUACAUCUCAAUCAAAAUUUCAGUCCUCGGAAGAGUACAAUGAAGUUGAUGACGAUGUAUUAAGGUUAUUGGCAGUCAUGAGUGAUGGAGACGCUAGGGUCGCAUUGAAUUCCCUAGAAAUAGCAUUAAAUGCAUCAUGUCAAGCGCGAAGGCAUAUUACUAAGGAAGAUAUUAAAGAUGUAUUUCAAAAAUCACACCUACUUUAUGAUAAAGAUGGUGAGGAGCAUUACAACACAAUAAGUGCUCUUCAUAAAAGCAUACGCGGAAGUGAUGCAAACGCGAGUUUAUACUGGCUUGGUCGAAUGCUUACAGCAGGAGAGGAUCCCUUAUAUAUAGCAAGGCGAUUGAUUGUCGUUGCUUCCGAAGAUGUAGGACUUGCAGAUAAUAAUGCACUUCCUUUGGCUACUGCGACAUAUCAAGCGUGCCAAUUCAUUGGUAUGCCAGAAUGUGAAAUUAAUCUGGCCCAUUGCGUUACAUACUUAGCGGAGGCUCCAAAGAGCGUUCGUGUUUAUAAAGCAUAUGGAUUGGUGAAACAAACAGUCCAAGGAGAAUAUACUUAUCCAAUUCCCUUACAUCUUAGAAAUGCACCAACAAAAUUAAUGAAGGAUCUUGGCUACGGUUUUAACUAUAAAUAUAAUCCGGAUUAUGAAGGACCUGUUAACCAAGAGUAUUUACCAAAAGAACUUAAAUGUAAAGUAUUUUUAGAUGUUCAUGGACCAACGAAACGAGACGAAUUGAUUGAAAAGACGAAACAGGUUAAAUAA